GGCGGCGGCGGCGGCAAUCGGAGCGGCGGCGGCGGCGGCGGGGAGCGGGCUCCCGGUGCCGGGCACCGGGCGGGCGCCGGGGAAGAUGACCGCGGGCGCCGGCGUGCUCCUCGUGCUGCUCUCGCUCUCCGGCGCGCUCCGGGCCCAGAAUGAGGACCUUACAACCAGAGAGACCUGCAAGGCUGGGUUCUCCGAAGAUGAUUACACGGCAUUAAUCUCCCAAAAUAUCGUAGAAGGGGAGAAGCUACUUCAAGUCAAGUUCAUCAGCUGUUUGGGGACCAAGGGGACGCAAUAUGAGACCAACAGCGUGGACUUCAAAGUUGGGGCGGACGGGACGGUCUUCGCCACCCGGGAGCUGCAGGUCCCCUCCGAGCAGGUGGCAUUCACGGUGACCGCGUGGGACAGCCAGACAGCUGAGAGAUGGGACGCCGUGGUGCGGCUGCUGGUGGCCCAGACCUCAUCUUCACACUCUGGACACAAGGCACAGAAAGGGAAGAAGACCGUGGCUCUGGACCCGUCUCCACCUCCGAAGGACACGCUGCUGCCGUGGCCCCAGCACCAGAACUCCAACGGGCUGAGGCGGCGAAAACGAGACUGGGUCAUCCCACCCAUCAACGUGCCCGAGAACUCACGAGGACCCUUCCCACAGCAGCUUGUGAGGAUCCGGUCCGACAAGGACAACGACAUCCCCAUCCGGUACAGCAUCACUGGAGUGGGCGCUGACCAGCCCCCCAUGGAGGUCUUCAGCAUCGACUCCAUGUCGGGCCGGAUGUACGUCACACGGCCCAUGGACCGCGAGGAGCACGCCUCUUACCACCUCCGAGCCCACGCCGUGGACAUGAACGGCAACAAGGUGGAGAACCCCAUCGACCUGUACAUCUACGUCAUCGACAUGAAUGACAACCGUCCUGAGUUCAUCAACCAGGUCUACAACGGCUCUGUGGACGAGGGCUCCAAGCCAGGCACCUACGUGAUGACCGUCACGGCCAACGAUGCUGACGACAGCACCACGGCCAACGGGAUGGUGCGGUACCGGAUAUUGACACAGACCCCGCAGAGCCCGUCCCAGAACAUGUUCACCAUCAACAGCGAGACCGGAGACAUUGUCACGGUGGCGGCUGGCCUGGACCGAGAGAAAGUUCAGCAGUAUACAGUCAUCGUUCAGGCCACAGACAUGGAAGGAAAUCUCAACUACGGCCUCUCGAACACAGCCACAGCCAUCAUCACGGUGACGGACGUGAAUGACAACCCGCCAGAAUUCACCACCAGCACGUUUGCAGGGGAGGUCCCCGAAAACCGUGUGGAGACCGUGGUCGCAAACCUCACCGUGAUGGACCGAGAUCAGCCACACUCACCAAACUGGAAUGCCGUUUACCGCAUCAUCAGCGGGGAUCCCUCCGGCCACUUCAGCGUCCGCACAGACCCCGUCACCAACGAAGGCAUGGUCACUGUGGUGAAGGCCGUCGACUACGAACUCAACAGAGCCUUCAUGCUGACAGUGAUGGUGUCCAACCAGGCGCCCCUGGCCAGCGGGAUCCAGAUGUCCUUCCAGUCCACGGCAGGGGUGACCAUCUCCAUCAUGGACAUCAAUGAGGCCCCCUUCUUCCCCUCAAACCACAAGCUGAUCCGCCUGGAGGAGGGCAUGCCCCCCGGCACUGUGCUGACCACGUUUUCAGCUGUGGACCCUGACCGCUUCAUGCAGCAGGCUGUGAGAUACUCCAAGCUGUCAGACCCGGCGAACUGGCUGCACGUCAACACCACCAAUGGCCAGAUCACCACGGCAGCCGUGCUGGACCGUGAGUCCCUCUACACCAAAAACAACGUCUACGAGGCUACCUUCCUGGCAGCUGACAAUGGGAUACCCCCAGCCAGCGGCACCGGGACCCUCCAGAUCUAUCUCAUCGACAUCAAUGACAACGCACCUGAGCUGCUGCCCAAGGAGGCGCAGAUCUGCGAGAAGCCCAACCUCAACGCCAUCAACAUCACGGCGGCCGACGCUGACGUCGACCCCAACAUCGGCCCCUAUGUCUUCGAGCUGCCCUUCGUCCCGGCGGCUGUGCGGAAGAACUGGACCAUCACCCGCCUAAAUGGUGACUAUGCCCAACUCAGCUUGCGCAUCCUGUACCUGGAGGCCGGGGUGUAUGACGUCCCCAUCAUCGUCACGGACUCUGGAAACCCUCCCCUGUCCAACAUGUCUAUCAUCAAAGUCAAGGUGUGCCCAUGUGACGACAACGGGGACUGCACUACCAUUGGCGCGGUGGCAGCGGCUGGUCUGGGCACUGGUGCCAUCGUGGCCAUCCUCAUCUGCAUCCUCAUCCUGCUGACCAUGGUCCUGCUGUUUGUCGUGUGGAUGAAGCGGCGGGAGAAGGAGCGCCACACCAAGCAGCUGCUCAUCGACCCCGAGGACGACGUGCGUGACAACAUCCUCAAGUAUGAUGAGGAAGGCGGCGGUGAGGAGGACCAGGACUACGACCUUAGCCAGCUACAGCAGCCAGAAGCCAUGGGGCACGUGCCAAGCAAAGCCCCCGGCGUGCGUCGCGUGGAUGAGCGGCCGGUGGGCGCUGAGCCCCAGUACCCAGUCAGGCCCGUGGUGCCACACCCAGGCGACAUCGGUGAAUUCAUCAACGAGGGACUCCGUGCCGCCGACAACGACCCCACAGCGCCCCCCUACGACUCCCUGCUGGUCUUCGACUACGAAGGCAGCGGCUCCACCGCGGGCUCCGUCAGCUCCCUGAACUCGUCCAGCUCCGGGGACCAAGACUACGAUUACCUCAACGACUGGGGGCCCAGAUUCAAGAAGCUGGCGGACAUGUAUGGAGGCGGCGAAGAGGAUUAACGGACCUCACAUCCUCGGACCAAAGUGAGAGCCGCACGCGGACGCCGGAGGAGCAGGACUGAGCAGAGGCGCCGGUCUCCGACUCUCCCUGCGCGUGUCCUUAGUGCUGUUAGAAGGCCCCCACCCCCACGCUGAGCUGUCUAGCAUGAGCACCCACCCCCGCGGCGCCCUGCACGCGGCUGCUGCCCAGCACCGCGGCCGGCUGGCACUGAGGAGAGCAAGAGGCACUGUCUUCACUUGAAUUUCCUAGAACAGAAGCACUGUU